AUGGAAAAUGGAAACAUCUCAUCUGACUUUUAUUUCACAGUUUUUAAAGAGCAAAAUCAAUUUCGAUAUUUUUUCUUCAUGAUUUCACUUUUAGUAUACCUUUCCAUCAUAUUUUUUAAUGCCAUCAUCUUGUCGGUUGUGUUUAAAGAGAAGUCUCUUCACGAACCAAUGUAUUUCCUCAUCUGCUGUCUAUGCAUAAAUGCUCUAUAUGGCACAGCUGGUUUCUUCCCAAGAUUACUGAUUGAUUUUCUCUCUGACACACAUAAAAUAAGCCGCCAAGCAUGUUUUACCCAGAUUUUUGUUAUUUACACCUAUGCAAUAUCUGAAUACACGAUACUAACUUUGAUGUCAUUUGACAGACAUGCUGCAAUAUGUCAUCCCUUAAAAUACCACAAUAUAAUGACUCCAAAGGUCACAUCUGUCUGUAUAGCCUUUGCUUUCCUUUACGGGAUAUUUUAUAUGGGUCUUGUCAUUUUCUUUUCAGUUAGACUUCCUUUAUGUGGUAAUGAAAUAGAAAGACUGUACUGUUCUAACUGGUCUGUAGUCAGGCUAUCUUGUGUUCCCACCACAAGCAACAACAUACUGGGAUAUUUCAUCACAAUAACUACUGUUUUUGCACCUGCAAGUUUUAUCGUAUUUACGUAUGUAAGAAUUUUGAUUAUUUGUCAAAAAAUGUCAUCAGAGUAUAGGGGCAAAGCACUGCAAACAUGUGUCCCUCACAUUGUGGCCUUUGUGAACUAUUCAGUCGCAUCAUUUUGUGAUAUUGCUUUAAGUAGACAUGAUCUUGGAAAAUAUCAAGUUGUGGCUCUAGUGUUUUCAGUAGAAUUUCUUGUGAUUCCUCCCAUAUUGAACCCUCUCAUUUAUGGCCUGAAUUUGCCAGACAUACGCAGAAAGAUUUUGUGUUUCUUUCAUCUUUCAAAAAUAGGUCUGGCUUCUGUGUGA